AUGCAUUUUGUUGAGCGCGAGUUCAAACUCGAGAGAAAAGUAUCAUGUUACUCGGAAGGCUCUUCGUUUCGCUUUUUGCCUUAUGAUGACAUCUUUACCGAUAAGUCUCGAUCUUCUGUGGCGAUGGAGCUUGAGUUCAUCGACGAUAUGUCCUCGCAACAGCUAGUCAUGAUCAUUAUUCCUGUGUCUUUCAUUGGUGUCGGGACAUUAGUAAGCUUUGUGGCAAAAGGCCAGAAGCGUUGA